UUCUUCUCCGGGCUGCGGAGGGAGAGAAGGAGCCGGAGGACCAGCAGCCAUUUUUCGGGUUGGCCGAACGCGUUCCCGGCGAAGAGUAGCCGGACAAGCGGGGAAAUCUGGAGGAAACUCCGUCCGCGAGAGGGAUGACGUGUAAUGGCCCCGUUUCGGAGGAUCCCGCACCAGACUUGGCUCAGUUGACUUCCAGACAAGAAACCUUUGCCCGUUUUCCAAGCCGCUGCCCCGUUUCUUCCUCGGACUUAGCCCGGGCUGGGUUCUUCUACACGGGAGAAGGAGACCAAGUCAAAUGCUUUAGCUGCCUUGAGACCCUAGAAGGAUGGGAAGAGGGAGACUCGGUGGUUGGAAGGCACAAAAUUGUCUCUCCGAACUGCCCCUUUAUCAACGAUGCCAACUUCGAAGAGGGUCGUCUACUUUCCGGCCUCCCAAACGGUCCCCCUGGAAGAGAACCCGCCGCCGCCACCUCCAUCCCAACCGAUUCCGAUUUGUCUUCCGAUUUUGAGGCCGAUUACUUGUUAAGAACCAGGCAAGUGGUGGAUCUCUCAGGCUCCCAGUAUCCUCAAAACCCAGCCAUGUGCAACGAAGAGGUCCGGCUGAGAUCUUUUCAACACUGGCCUCCUUACACGCCGGUCACCCCGGAAGAGCUGGCCAACGCGGGGCUCUAUUACCGAGGCGUGGAGGACGAAGUGGAGUGUUUUUGUUGCGGGGGGAAGUUGAAAAACUGGGAACCGGGGGACCAGGCGUGGUCGGAACACCGGCGGCAUUUCCCGAGGUGCUUUUUCGUCCUCGGACACGAUGUGGGGAACGUUGGGAAUGUUACCCAUCAGCCAGGGAAUGGACAGCUGGAGAGAAGCAGCACCCACCGGGUGCCUCCUCUUCCUCCUCCUCUUCAUAACCCCUCCAUGGCAGAUUUUGCAAAGCGCCUCCAGACUUUUGGGGCAUGGAGUUACUCGGUGAGCAAGGAGAGGCUUGCUCACGCAGGCUUUUACAGUCUAGGUAUCGCUGACGGCGUCGAAUGCUUCUCCUGCGGUGGGGGACUGAAGGAAUGGAAGGCGGGCGAAGAUCCGUGGGAGGAGCACGCGAGAUGGUAUCCUGGGUGCAAAUACCUGGGAGAAGAAAAGGGACAAGCUUUUGUGAAUGGCGUUCAUUUAAAGUCUUUGCCCCCAGAAUCAACUACGGAAGAGCCUGAGAAAGUUUUAACGAUUGAAGACGAAAAACAUCUCCAAAGCCAGGCGAUCCAGAGUGCGUUGCAAAUGGGAUUCAGCGUGGAGGAGAUUAGCCAAACAGUGGAGAGGAAGGAGCGCCUUUCGGCCGAGCGCUACCAAUCGGUUGAGGCGCUAGUCACAGAUUUAAUCAAUGCCCAGAGGGAUAAUACACCCAGUGCGUACUUAGAAAACCAUCUGCAGAAAGAUCUCAGUACAGAAGAGAAGUUGAAACGUCUGGAGGAAGAAAAGAUCUGUAAGAUUUGCAUGGAUAAGCUUCUCUCCGUGGUCUUCAUUCCAUGCGGACACCUGGCUUGCCAAGACUGCGCGGAGGCGGUGGAGAAAUGCCCCUGGUGUUGCAAGAUCAUCGCAAACCGCCAGAAGGUGUUCAUGCCCUAAUUGGAGAUGCCGGUGGGGUGAGAGAUUCCAUGAAAACAAAAACUAACAAACACCCCCGUCACCCCCAAAAAUCCAAACGCUGACCCAGAUUCACAGGCGUCGCCUCCGAAAUGGAUUUAGCAAGAAUCGACGUUUUAAAUUAACGCACCGGGGUUGCGUGUGGUAUGAAUCGUCGAGAGAGGGUGUUGAUUGGAUUUUCCAUCCUACUCAUUUAAUUGGAGGCGCUUUUAAUCGGAGCGCCUGCCAUCGGGUGUUAAAAUGUUUCGGGGGUGGUGGUGGAAUUUUUUUCGGCGUUUUUGUCAUGUUUUCAAGUGGUGGAGAAAUAUCUUGCAGCUGGUUGGGGUUCUUGAUGUAUUUUUGAGAGGUGGGGUUUCCCCCUCCCCUUGUAGAGUUUAUAGCCGAACACCUGAAAAAAGUACACCAACAACUGGACAGGUUUGGGCAACUCUUGUCGACUUUAACAAUCCGUGGACUUCCAACUCCCAGAAUUCUCGGCUGAGGAAUCAGGUCAACUGAAUGGUUGAGGUCAACUUAAUGACCUGUGGACUUCAACUCCCAGAAUUCUCGGCUGAGGAAUCAGGUCAACUGAAUGGUUGAGGUCAACUUAAUUUCCUGUGGACUUCAACUCCCAGAAUUCUCGGCUGAGGAAUCAGGUCAACUGAAUGGUUGAGGUCGACUUUACGAUCUGUGGACUUCCAACUCCCAGAAUUCUCAGCUGAGGAAUUCUGGGAGUUGAAGUCCAAAGGCCAUUUAAGUUGUCCUCUGCACUACUAACCGAAUAAGCUUCCCCCAAGGCCCUUUCCUCCCUUAAGAUUCUUAGAAUGGCUGAACUUGCUCCUGGCGCCAGUCUGAAAGUUGCGUUCUUUUUAUUGUGUUUGCCAUGCGAUGCCAACAACUCUCCAGUGUUUUCUGCCCAUCCCUCUUGCAGUCCGAAGUGAUAUCAGCCAGGUACACAAGGCCAACGCAAAAAGCUGAAUGACAAAGGGGCGUGAAGAAUUAUUUUAAGAAUAAGGAAAGAGGUAGACCUUGUACAUAGCUCAUUUUUCCAUCCAUUCAAAGGGUAGAUUUUUUUUCUCCACCCCAAGGGCAGCAACGCCGAUAGCUCUGUUUUACAAACUGAAUCACCUUUCCUUGGGUCCGUCUCUUGGAAGGAAGGUGCCAAUCACACAGCUUUUUCGUUUACCCUGACAGCUGCAGAAAAGACGGGACAACCACUCGAUACCCCUUUCUAUCCCAGUUCAAAGUCUUACCUGGGUUCUAGCAUGACCUCCACAGGUGGAAUUGCAGAAACUAGGAUGCAAACCUGAUUUUUAAAGUUUCACAUUUCAGGUUGCAUAAAGGCAUCGUUAACUGAUGCUUUGGGAAUCCAGACGCCGUAACGAAAGUUCUGACUUUGGGCGAUGAGCCGCACAUCGGUUGGGAUUCAGUUGGUGGCGUGCGUGUCCUUGUUCCUUUUUCCUCCGUAGAUUUGUGCGAUGGAUGAAGCGAGAGUCUUUUGAGUUUUUAAUCAUUUAUGGGUAGAACCGAACUGCUGUUCUGGUAUAUGGGGUUUUGUCCCCCGAAAUAAAAGGAUGCGUCAGAUAGAUUAUUGAUGUCAGUAUAUGUGGCUUUGAGAGAACGCUGCGAUAAGUGGAAGGAGAACCUGAGAAAUGGGUGCCAUCCUUUAAUUCAGAAGUUGAGAAGCAGAUGAUCUUGCAUUUCCUCCCUUGCACUAUAGAUACUACGUUAGGUAGCAAAGCAUAAAACUGAAUGUAACGUGAAUUGAUUUCAAUCCCUGUUGCCUCUUUAGGGAGGAAAGAGUGAAGACCGGGUGAUACUUUUAAAAUAACAGAAGAAUAAAUGGGAUGUCGGGUUUUUUUUUUUAAUUUUUACUUCUUCGCCUUCCUGAAAUUGCUUAUAGGGAUUGCUAAAAUGAAAAAAAAAAAAAAAAAAUCUCCCGAGCGCCCUGAGGAUAAUAAAUCCUCUUUUUUUGAGAUUAAAAUAUUCCUCUCCCUUCCUCAUUUUGUGUUUCCCGAUCAGGGAAAUCAACGUGCUCGUCCUAGUAAUAAAUCUAUAUGUUGUUAUUCCUAUGUUGCUAAAAAAACAAUCUAGCUUAUUUUACCUUAUUAUUGUUGUUGUUUUUUCCUUUUUAAAAAACAACGGCUGCAUUUUUAUUUAUUGACAUAUUUAUUUGAAAAACUUGUUUUUUUAAAAAAACCCACACACACACUUUCGCGGCACGAACGAAAGAUGGCUUUAAAACAGGUGUCACAACGGAGCACGUAAAGAGUUGUGGGGUGCUGUUUUCCUGGGAAGGAAGCUUACUCAGUUGUUGUUCGUUUUGGCUUUGUGUUUUGUCGAACACUACAAUGGCAGUUCAGCCCCAAAGGGGGUGGAUUUACAACUUCUGCUGACACUUUAUGGCACAUUGCAUGGAGGGGCGGGGGGGAAAACCAGAAACUGACAGUUUGAACUUCAUUCAGAAUGCUGCUAAAAAAAUAAAUAAAUCACACAAACAACUUCCUUUCCAUUUAGCAAGGCCACAUAGCGUUAAGGAAAAGGGGGUGGGGGUGGGGGGCGGCUUUAAGAUCCUGGAUGGUUGCCAAUUUUUUAUUUUUAUUUUUUAAAAAAAGUCUUAAUUUGAUUUUCGUGGCAGGUUCCCUGAUCUGCCCCAUUUAUUUUUACAGCUAUUUAUAAGCGGCAUAAUUUGAAGGGGAUCUAACACAGCUCUUCAGCCAGAUCUGAACUCAAAAAAAAAAAAAAAAAACCCACCCCACCGAUUAAAACAUGGCGAAGAGUUGUGUUUGCUCACUGUUGUUCCCUCAACAUCUUUGUGGGGUUUUGUUUUAAUCCCUUUGUUCACGUAGAGAAUAGCAAGGACUUGUUUUACAUCGGAAGCUAUCCGAGGGGCUUUUCUUCACGAAGGUCGGCUUUUUUUCACCCUUUUAAACAAAAUAUAUAUUUCACGAACGCAUCUGGGAAAUUUUACGAGCUAUGCAUAGGUGCGCGUGUAAAUCCACACUGAAAUACUAUGGAAUUGUCGAGUUGUGUAUAAUAAGAAUGACCUGAGUUGUAAAUAAGAACUGUUUAAGAGCAAAAAGGUGGAAUUGUUGACUUCAGAAACUAUAUUCCGACGUGUUAAGAAAGAUUUAUUUUUUUAGACGUACCACAAUGACUUAAUAUAAUCAUAGAAUUGUUUUGCAGUUAAACUCAAGUGACUAUUUUUAAUAAAGUGAUCUAUUAUUUUA